UAUAAAACAUGGCGAGAACAAAACAGACAGCGAGAAGAUGGGGUGGUAAUAGGCGUAAUAGGCCACGUAAGCGCCCAAAAUCCAACCAAAAUAAUGACUCUAAUGCAGACAAGCAAAAAACUGGAAAGCAAAAAGCUAACAAGCAAAAAGCUAACAAGCAAAUGGCUGACAGACAAAAGACAGACAAUAGUUUCAUCACAGACCAUAGGAUUUUCAACCCAGACCUUAAGUACACUGAGGGUGAGGGUGAAAGCCUAGAUAAACAUAUCCAAGAAUUAAUGCCAACUCUUGAAGAGGACGAGGCAUAUGUUCAGCUCUAUAGCAAAUACUUCACCCAAUUAAAGCAGGGCAGGAGGGCUUCUGAGUACCAGCGUAAUGAAUUGAAAGAGAUGUGGCUAAAAGCACUCAAUGAUGAAAGUGAUGCAGACAAACAAUUCUUGACAGCCAGGCAACUACUCCUCAUUCAGACAGAAAAGCUCAAUCACGGCACAAACCCAAUUUUAACUCAUUCCGAUCUCGAAGAAAUUGGCAUCAAUAGGACCAUUGAUCUACUAGAUGUUGUUAAUCCAUUUUUCAUCCAUUGUGUUCCAUGGAAACAUGUGGCUCAGAAAAUUCAGAGAAUUUGGGAAAAGUUGGAAAAUGAGAGUCAUCUACGAGAUGUAUUUCAAGAGGAGUUGAAAAAGCGAUGGAUUUUCUAUAGAAACAAAUCAGAGAUGAAGCCUAGAUUUUGGAAUAGAGCAAUAGAUAUGAUAGUGACUACCACACCUUACAGCUUUGACUUUCCACCUUAUGUGCCGCUUGUUGAGAAGAAGACAGCUGGUCAGGAUAUAGGUGACAUCAAGCUUUUGAACCCUGCCAAUGUCCCCUCCGUCAAGCUGUUUCCUUUGCGUAUUAAACCUGACCAGGACAUUACCAAGACAUUGAUGGGUUUCAAGGAAAAGUUCAAGCUGAAUGCUGCUGUUGUAUUAACAUGUUGUGGAAGUGUCACUGAGGCUUCAUUGAGGCUUGACUCUCAUCCUGAUGAGGUGAAAACAUUUGAGCAGGAUUUUGAAAUAGUCUCUAUGCAAGGAACCUUGUAUGGCGACAAAGCACAUUUACACAUCUCAUUGAGUGACAAAGAAGGUCAUGUGAUCAGUGGCCAUGUUGAUGGGGACCUUACUGUAUUUACAACCGCAGAGAUUGUUCUCGGUGACUUCUCUCAGGAUUGGAUCAUAGAAGAACUGAAGACGAACAAAGAUGGCGCUGCAAUGCUAAAAACUUCCAAAGAAGUGAUUGAAUUCCUUCAGUGUGAUGACCCUGCUAAAGCAAAGCAUCCAGAGAAUCAAGACAACACUAAGGAAGCUGCUGAUGAAGCUAUUGAUGAUGUUGAAGAAUGGAAUGUAAUUGAUUCUGCUGAUCUAGAUGACGAUGUUUAUAAACAUGAAAUAAUAGAAGACAAAGAACAUAACAUUGUGAUAACAGUUGGUGGCGUUGGGGGUGAAUGGGAUGAUGCUAUUACUCCCAAUGAGAAGAAAGAUGAUGACUCUAAAGUGGAUGAAGAAAUCCAUGAACUUAGUAAACCAGAUGACGUUGUUAUUGUACUUGAUGAUGAUACAAAGAUUGAUGUAAACGACACAGAUGCUGAUAAAGCUGAGAAGAAAGAAGGGAUUGGAAAGGAAGAUGAUGUUAAAUGUGAUGAAAAGGACAAUGCAGGAAAUGCUGUCCUUGAUGAUGGAUCUGUGAGACAGAUGCAGAUGGGAGAUGAUAUUUAUGAAGUUGUUGAUGAGCUCCCAGGAGAGGAUGGUGUGGGAAGUGGUGAGCCUUUGGAAAACUAUGAUUUUUCCAAGGUGGAUGUAGAACGUGUUCCUAAGUAUAUCUGCCAUGCUCUGAUCCAGUUCUACUUGGAUGAAAGUGAGACUUCCCAGUGGUGGGCAGCUAAUUUUAAUCACAUCCAAAGUGCUUUAAACAGCGAGGGUCUCCUUUACAAGCCAGAUGCCAAGAUCAGAUACUUGAAACAGUUGAAAAGUAGAUGGCUGGGGACUCAAUUCCAAGAUGUGAACAAUCUAAUACACCAUUUUAAGACAUGCUUGUUGAUUCAACACAAGCUUGGCCUUGAGGAGGACAUCGUCACACUAGAGGAAUGCAACAGGGCUAUACAUAAGGCUAUGGUGGCCAAAGGCAAUCAUUUUCUGACAUUCCCUAAUUUGCUUGGAACAGAAUAUCCCAGAGCUGUAAAGGUGCCUCUGUCAAAUGAAAUAAUCAAAGAAAAAGAAAAAACAUUGCUAGAUGAUGUGGCACGCCCAACUAAACAGAAACGUUUUCACCGCAAUAAGGCAUUGCUUGAGAAACUAGAUGACAAACAGAGAAAGGAAUUCUUAGAAUCUUUGAAACUUGGAUUCAUGAUGCAGUUGGAUCAUUCUACGAAACCAAAAUUGAAGGCAGCAAAAAGAGUGAGAAACAUGAGGCAAGUGUUCAAUGAGAUCUCUCUACUGGACUUGAAACCUACAGAAUGUAUACUUACAACAGCAGAAGUGAACUAUUUACAUAAUUUCAUUGAAAGACAAGCAAUUAAGAAGAGGAGGGAUCAAAAGGAGCAGAGGAGGUGGAAGGAACCUAUGAAGGUGGUGACAGUGCAUCUAGAGGAAGGUUCAGGCAUCAUUCAUGCUCUUAAGAAGAUUCAGAAUAUAUUUAGUAUGUCAGCCCCCUUUAUCCUCUCGUGUACAGGACAUGUUGGACAAGGCAAGCUGAGACUCGCAUACAGCCAUGAACAUUCCGUUGAGCGCUAUGUUGACUUUGCAAAAAGAUAUGAGAUCACAAGCCUAGUGGGAACUAUGGGAAGAGAUGGUCUCCAUCUUCACACCUCCCUCAAAGAUGACUCUGGUGAUAUACUUGGGGGUCACGUCAUGAGUGACAAUGACCUGAUUGUCACUGGGACUGUUGAUAUUGCCGUCCUUGAUUGCUGUAACUUCCAAUUCCGUCGUGAACAUGAUGCGGGAACUGGCUAUGAAGAGCUGUUGAUUGUGCCCAAGAAAAGCAUGAAGAAAGCAGACCCUGAAAUGAUUGAAAUUAUAUCUGACACAGACUCUGAGAAAAUGGAAUCUAAAUAUUCUUGGUCUAAUAGUAAGAAGCAGAAUGUUGCUUUAAAACGGAAACAACAAGAACAACAGGAACAAAUGAAUAAGAAACGAGCAAUACAAGGCCAUGAUAAACAACCAAGUAAGAAGAAGAAUGAGUCAAAUAAGGCUAGAGGUAAAUCCAGAGAUUCUAGCAGUGAUCAUCAAAAGAAUGAAGAGGAUAGAAAAAGGAGAGAAGCAAGAGAGAGACGUCAUAGAUUGAAGGAAGACAUAAGGCGUAAAAAUGAUUCACGAAGUAGGAGCAGAACUGAUGAUAGGCGCAAUUCCAGAUCAGCAAGACAGCAAGACAGACGUGAUUGCUAUUUGAGUGAUCAGCGAAGUCCUAGAGGCCAGAGAAACAGAAAAGACAAUGAUGCUUCAUUGUAUUCAGGGUACUCAAAUUCUGGGAGUCAUGGUCAAAGUCGGAAUUAUAGCACUGAUGUUUCGAUGGGGUCUGCUGGGUCAAUGCAGAAUAUGGGCAUGAUGAACCAAAAUAUGGGCAUGAUGAACCAAAGUAUGGGCAUGAACCAAUCUACGGGUGGUAUGAAUUGGAAUAUGGGUAUGAAUCAAGGUGGUAUGGGUAUGGCCAAUCAGAUGGGUAUGAGCAACCAAUUAAUGGGUAUGAAUAACCAAAUAAUGGGGAUGAAUAACCAAACAAUGGGAAUGAACAACCAAACAAUGGGAAUGAAUAACCAAGUAAUGGGUAUGAAUAAUCCAAUGAUGGGGACCAGUUCGAAUAUGGGGGUGAACCAACCUAUAAGCCAAGCCAUGGGUUUGAUGCAAAGUAUAGCUUUGGGGCAACCUGGUAAUUCCAAGGAUCUUGCUGAGUCUCUACGUAAAAUGGCGGAACAACUUGAGAAAACUUCAGCCCCUCAGCAAACGCCAUCAAAUAUUGGGGGUUCAGUGGGAGGUAUUGGUACUUCUGGUUUUUGGUCUGGAGGAUCCUUAACUGAUCAAAUGUUUUCCUCUUCUGUUCAAAAUUCUUCAACUACUCAAGAUUCAAUCUCAGGUCAGAAUUUGAAUACCAGUAAUUCAAGUCAAAAUUGGGGUCUCGAUUAUUCUGGAAAUUCAAGUCAAAAUAUGAGUGGAAACAAUACGAGAAAACGUGAGAGACGCAGAUUCAAGAAUCAAAGAAACUCAUCUGGGAGUAGGAGAGACGGAGGAUUUCCUAACUAAUAUAAAAAAUGAUCAAUGAUCAAUAAACUAUAACGUUAAGGUUGUUCAAAAAAAACAUUACAUUGAAUAAAUAGACAAAGGGCAAACAGAUUAAUUUUCUUUUUAUCCCAUUUAUUGAAUAAAAUCUGAUUGACAUUGUCCUGUGAGUGACAUCAUAAUGAAAUGUGGCCAUACAUUGAUCUCUUAACCUUGCUAGGACUACAUAAAGAUAUACACAUUUAUAUCUACAAGCAAUGUAAACAUUAAUACCUUUGGACACAAUUUCCUCAAUAUUAGUUGAUAAAAUGCUUUAUUAUAUUUAUGUAAAGGUUUAGUGAUGUAUUUCCCUCACUGAACUCAUGCCUUGCUACUCCUAUGCAGUAAUAUAAAAUCAAAUAUUUUUUGGGGAAAUAACCAAAUCGACUCGGUCCUACUAGUCAACACUACAGUUAAACCUUAUUUCUGUUUUCAACUUUUCAUUUCAUAUUGACAUGGGCUUUCAACUAGAAGGGUAGGC